AUGUCCAUCCCCGGCCUUGGGCAAAUCCCGGUACAAGCCGCCGUUUCCUCCACACGAACCAUCUCCCUCCGUCCCGCCUGGGAAUGGCGAUUCCAAGUAUCUCCGGGCUCCUCUCUCGUUGUCAAGGUCCUCGCAGGGACGGCUGAAAAGGACGGCGUCGAGCUCGCGCUGCGCAACGCCUACACGUUUUCCGGCGUUCGGUCUAAGAUCCUGACGUGGCAUGGCUGCGAGCUGGAGAUUGAGGGGCGGUGCGACAGCGACUCCGUGGCCGAGUACCUGAACCCCAUUGCGAAUCCCGCGACUUCACACAUCAAUCUCCAUGCGCGGCUGAGCGACAUGCGUGUGGACGCCACACGGCAGCGGCGCGAGGGGCCGAGGGUUCUGGUGGUUGGCCCGCCGAACUCGGGCAAGACGACGCUGGCCAAGACGCUGACGAGCUACGCUACGAGGCAGGGAUAUCAAGUCAUCACGGUGAAUGCGAAUCCGAGAGAUGGGAUGCUGAGCUUGCCGGGCACGCUGAGCGCGAGCGUGUUUGCGACGGUCAUGGAUCCCGAGGCUGUGGACGGCUGGGGGUCGACGCCGACGAGCGGGCCGAGCACGGUGCCUGUCAAGCUGCCGAUGGUGUUCCAUUACGGCUGGGAGAGCGCGGAGGAAGAUGAGGAUCUGUAUCGCGAGCUUGUAGGUAGGCUGGCGGGUGCUGUUAGUGCCCGGCUGAGCGAGGACGAGGAGGUUCGCGGAUCGGGAGUCAUUGUGGAUGGCAUAGGGGUUAGUGGGGACGGGCAGAUUGGGAUGGAGCUGACUGCGCAUGUCAUGGAUGAGUUUUCCAGCAAGUCUUUACCAUGGAACAUACGAGAGAUCAACAUCGUGGUGGUGAUUGGACCCGCGUCGCUGCACAAGGAGUUUUCGAAUCGGUUCGCCAACGAAAAGACGAGUCUUGGCGAGCCCAUACAAGUGGUGUCCAUUGACGAAUCGGACGGCGUGUUACCGAGAGACGAGGCACUCUCGCAGCACUCGCGCGAAGCGAUCAUCAAAGAGUACUUUUUUGGAGACGCAAAGAGGACGCUGAGUCCGCAGAUUCAGCAGGUGGAUUUUGAUAGCCUGGUGAUUUACAAGCUUGCAGACUAUUCUCCCGAUGAGAAGCAGAGCUUGGUUCUGGAAGAGCCCUCGUCUCUUAUGCAGCAUUGGACAUUUGCAGUCAUGAACGCCUCGGUGCGGGACAGUCCGGAUGUGAUCCGCGCGGCCAAUGUCAUGGGCUUUGUGUAUGUGGCGGAUGUGGAUGAAGAUAGGCGCAAGAUUAAGAUCUUGGCGCCGGUGAGUGGGAGGCUAGGAGACAAGCCGCUGAUAUGGGGCAAGUGGCCGGAGCCGUACAUUAACUUGCUGGGAUAG